AUUGCGCCAAUGCCCAAGUAGUAGCGCCACUCUUCUGCACCCCAGACCACCUUCUCCGAACUGCACUCGUCAUCGAGUUUCGUCGUUACAGAAAUGAACUUCCGGUGAACAAGUGACUCCCAGGCUAGAAGAACAGGCGCAAAAAGUUGAGAGAAAAACAAGAGGAAAGGAAAAAUAGGAUGUCGACGUCAUUUUUACAGGUCUCGGUGUCUUUCUCCGAAGCUUCACUGCAUCCACCGAUCUGCUCCAGUCGUCGAGCAGUCUCGACUAGUACUCUCUUAGUAAUCUCAUUACUUAAUAUGCGUAUAAUAUACGCAUCUUUAUUCCUGCGUGUGCCACUUCAGUACUAUUUUUAUUUGGUCAGAAGAAGAAAUAAUGGUUCAGUGCGAAGUCGUCAUCUGGUGCCCUGUGGAGGAGGUUCCAAUUUUUGCCAAAUGUUUUGCCACUUUAAACAGUGGAUAUUAAAGAGUUUAGACGUACCAAAACAUAGAAGGAAAACUGGGUCAGUAACUGUAAACCAGUUCAAGAUUUUGGAAAAAUAUGAUGGACAUCGACCAAGAAAGCAUUUGGAACCAACUUUGUGGAUUGACAAGCAAAUCCAAGACCAAGGUUAUGUUGAAAAAAUGGUGGUUACAGCUUCACAAUCAAAAGGAACUAUGGUAGAAACACAUUCCUUAAAUUUUCCCGAUGAGGGUAGUGAGGGGCCUUCACUCUGCAUUGCUGUCAUAGGAGCUACUGGAGAACUGGCAAAAGGAAAGAUAUUUCCAGCAUUAUUUGCUUUGUAUUAUAGUGGUUUCCUUCCUGAGGAUGUAGGUAUAUUUGGUUAUUCAAGAAAGAAUUUGACAGACGAAGAAUUGAGAUCCAUUAUAGCAUCAACAUUGACUUGCCGCAUUGAUCAUCAACAAAAUUGCGGGAACAAAAUGGAUGCUUUUCUUAGUAGAACAUAUCAUAUUAACGGAGGUUUUGACAACAAAGAUGGGAUGUCAAGGCUCAAUGCUCGGAUGGAGCAAAUUGAGGGAGGAUCUGAAGCAAACAGGAUAUUCUACCUUUCUGUGCCACAAGAAGCCCUUCUGGAUGUUGCAUGCUCUCUUUCUGAUUAUGCUCAAACCCAGAAAGGUUGGAAUCGUAUAAUAAUUGAGAAACCUUUUGGCUUUGAUGCCCUGUCUUCUCAGCAGUUAACAAAGUCUCUUCUUUCUAAAUAUGAGGAGAAGCAAAUAUACAGAAUUGAUCAUCUACUGGGAAAGAACCUUAUUGAAAAUCUCACAGUUUUAAGGUUUUCUAAUCUUGUCUUUGAGCCAUUAUGGAGCCGAACAUACAUAAGGAAUGUCCAGGUCAUUUUAUCAGAAGAGUUGGGUGUGCAGAGGGGAAGGUAUUUUGAUGGUUAUGGUAUCAUUCGAGACAUAGUUCAUAGCCACAUACUUCAGACAAUUGCAUUGCUUACUAUGGAACCACCAAUAAGUCUUGAUGGUGAAGAUAUUCGGAAUGAGAAAGUUAAGGUUUUAAGAUCAAUUCGCAAAUUGAUACCUGGUGAUUUUGUUCUUGGACAGUAUAAAUCUAGUUCUAGGGACAAAAUUGAUAUAAAUUUGAAUAGUUUGACUCCCACCUUCUUUGCUUCUGCAUUAUACAUUGAAAAUGCACGUUGGGAUGGUGUACCUUUCAUAAUCCAAGCUGGUAUGGGUCUCAUUAAACACAGAGUGGAGAUACGUAUACAGUUUCAUCAAGUUCCCGGAAAUCUCUACCGUGGAUAUUUUGGGUCUAGUAUGGACCAUGUAGCUAAUGAACUGAUUCUAAGUGAUGUGCCUGAUGAGGCUAUUUUGGUUAAGGUGAAUAACAAGGUUCCAGGUUUAGGCAUGCAGCUGGAUGCUUCAGAACUUAAUUUGCUGUACAAGGACAGGUACAAUGUUGAGAUACCUGAUUCUUACGAGCAUCUUCUUCUCGACGUUAUUGAUGGGGACAACCAUCUUUUCAUGAGAAGCGAUGAGCUUGCUGCUGCAUGGAAUAUUCUUACUCCAGUUCUGCAGGAGAUAGACAAGAAAAAUAUUGCACCAGAAGUUUAUGAGGUUGGAGGUAGAGGUCCAAUUGGAGCGUACUAUCUUCUGGCAAAACAUGGGGUUCGUUGGGUGGAUGAUUAACAAUGUCUUUUGUUGAAAUUUCUAUUGUAUGUGAAUUAAAAAAUAUAGGUUAUAAAUAAUUAAGUUAUGAGCGAAUCUAACAAUAUUUUACCUCAAAUAAUUACUGGAAACCCACAUGAACUUUUUGCUCAAACUGGUUUAUGAAUCAGACCUCCCUGUCGUGAGAUUGUAGAAGGGACUGGGAGUUACUCAGCUAACUAAAUACAUUUUCUAUUUCAUCAACCAAUACAAGCCCAUACCCAAUA